AUGAAAAGCCUAGAACUGUUCCUGCUGGCAUGUUGCUUAUGCAGCCUGAGCACAUUGGGAGGUGCAUCUGAUGCGGAGAACGUUCUGAUGAAGAAACUCUUUGCCAACUACAACCUUAAAGUGCGGCCAGCAGCCAGUCCUGAAGAGAAGGUGGUGGUUCGAGUGGGUAUGGUCCUCACCUCCUUCGUUGGACUGAAUAUGAAAAAUGAAGAAAUGAGCACAGUUGUUGUCAUGAAUCUGGAAUGGACCGAUCAUCGGUUGUCAUGGAAACCCAAGGAGAAUGAUGGGAUAGAGGUGUUGCGGAUCCCCUCUGGGAAGGUUUGGCUGCCUGACAUUGUCCUCAUCAAUAAUAAUGAUGGGGUGUUUGAUGUGGCCCUGCACGUCCAUGUUCAGGCUUACAGUAAUGGCAAAGUAACCUGGACUCCCCCUGCACUCUACUGCAGCUCUUGUGGAGUUAAGGUGACAUAUUUCCCAUUUGACUGGCAGAACUGCACCAUGCAGUUCCGCUCCUACACAUAUGACUCGACAGAGAUCGACAUCCAGUAUACACUGGACUCGAAAGGCAAAGAGAUCAGGGAGAUCCAACUGGACGAAUCAUACAGUGAGGGGGGCGAGUGGCAGAUCAGACACAAGCCGAGCAGGAAGAACGUGAAUGAUGAUCUGUAUGAGGACAUGACCUUCUACCUGAUCAUCGAGAGGAAGCCUCUGUACUACGUCUUGAACAUCAUCAUCCCCUGCAUCCUCAUCACCAUCAUCGCCAUCUUUAACUUCUACCUGCCUCCUGAUGCAGGCGAGAAGAUGGGGCUGUCCAUCAACGUGUUGCUCACCCUCACUGUGUUCCUGCUGCUGCUGGCUGAUAAGAUCCCGGAGACUUCACUGGGUGUCCCCAUCAUUGUCAACUACAUCAUGUUCACCAUGAUCCUGGUCACGUUUUCUGUCAUUCUCAGUGUGGUCGUCCUCAACCUGCACCACCGCUCACCCAACACCCACCUGAUGCCCAUGUGGGUGCGCAAGAUAUUCAUCCACAUGCUGCCUCCUUACCUGGGCAUGCUGCGGCCAAAAGUAGAGACCCCCCUGUCCCUGGAGACCAUGCCCCGCCGAGAGAAAAAAAUGAUGGCCAUCAGCAAAGUGGCUGAUGAAUACUUCAUCCGCAAGCCCGACUCCUCCAUCUUGUUCCCCAAGCUCAACAGGUUUCAGCCAGAGGGCAUGUGUACAGAUCUGAGAAAGUUUAUUGACGGCCCCAGCAGCUACCUCACACUACCUGACGAGCUCAAGUCAGCCAUAGAUGCCAUCACUUAUAUCGCUGAGGCUUUGCAGGCUGAGAAGGACUACGAAGCACUGAAAGAGGACUGGCAGUACGUGGCCAUGGUGGUGGACCGCAUGUUCCUCUGGAUCUUCGUCGUCUUCACCACCGUGGGCACCUUAGCCAUCUUCGCCGAUGCCAGCUUUAACCACACACCCACUGACCCCUUCAAAUCCCCCUGA